AACGAACGGCAAUGAUGCAGAUGUGAUGUUGUCCGGUUGUAAUAACUUAGUGGGCAGUGUUUCGGACAGUAAAGUGAGUGAGACUUAGCACACUCUUCUUUGUUGUCUCUUCCCUCUCCCAUUUCUCUUUCUUCGCCAACUGUUCCUCCUUCCAUUCCAACACACACAACAACAACAAAAACUAGUUAGAUUCAUCGCUACACCUUCACAUUGCUACCUAAAAAUAUCAAUUCAACAACGGUUUCAGGGUUUUAGCUUCUGCUACGUGUUGGUGUGGUGAAUGCCCUUUCUGUUCUGCGUGUGCCACCUCUCUCAGCCAGUGUUCACUACACCCACAACACAAGCUCUUACAGGGUUUUUAAGAAAGAUCAGUCUGACAGCUAAGUCUUUGCGGGGAAGCAAUAUUUGGCUGAGCUUGCUGACUGACUGAGGUUAAAGGUGAUAUUAUUGGAUGUGAUGAAGCUUAAAACAUGGCUUGCGAGUGUUCUGUUGCUCACUGUUGCCAUGCUUACCGCUACAUUAGGUGCAUUCGUGGGGGUAAACAUUGGCACUGAUGUUUCUGAUCUGCCAUCUGCUUCAAAUAUAGUUGACAUUCUACAAGCUAAUCAAAUUACUCAUGUGCGUCUUUAUGAUGCUAACGCGCACUUACUACAAGCCCUUUCAAACACUAGUAUUGAAGUAAUUGUUGGUGUCACCAAUGAGGAGGUACUGAGGAUUGGAGAAUCUCCAUCAGCAGCUGCAACCUGGAUUAAUAAAAAUGUUGUUGCUUAUGUUCCCUCCACCAAUAUCACAGGAAUAGCAGUUGGUAGUGAGGUUCUUUCCACUAUCCCAAAUGUCGCCCCUGUUCUGGUUCCUGCCAUGAAUUCUCUUCACAAAGCCCUGGUUGCUGCAAACCUUAACUUCCGGGUCAAAGUUUCAACUCCCCAGUCUAUGGACAUUAUCCCUAAGCCUUUUCCUCCUUCCACUGCCACCUUUAACUCUUCAUGGAACUCUACUAUCUAUCAACUCCUUCAGUUUCUGAAGAAUACAAAUUCCUCCUACAUGUUAAAUGCCUACCCUUAUUAUGGAUAUACUAAAGGAGAUGGUAUUUUCCCUAUUGAAUAUGCUCUUUUCCGACCUCUUCCUUCCGUGAAGCAAAUUGUUGACCCGAACACUCUAUUUCAUUAUAACAGUAUGUUUGAUGCUAUGGUGGAUGCUACCUACUACUCUAUAGAAGCCUUAAAUUUCAAUAAUAUACCCAUUGUUGUCACAGAGACUGGCUGGCCAUCAUUUGGUGGAGCUAAUGAACCAGAUGCUACUGAAGAAAAUGCCGAGCUUUACAUUAAUAAUAUGAUUCAGCGGGUCAUGAAUGAUUCAGGUCCUCCUAGUCAGCCAAACAUAGCCAUUAAUACAUACAUAUAUGAAUUGUUUAAUGAAGACAAGAGGAAUGGGCCUGUAUCAGAAAAAAAUUGGGGCAUCUUUUAUACCAAUGGAAGUACUGUUUAUCCAUUGAGUUUUGGUGCUUCUGACCAGAUUACUGGAAAUUCUUCAGGAGUAUUUUGUGUGGCUAAAGAUGGAGCAGACACUGAUAAGCUGCAAUCUGGCCUGAGCUGGGCAUGUGGACAAGGAGGAGCAAAUUGUGCUGCAAUUCAACCGGGGCAGCCAUGCUAUCUCCCCAAUAAUGUGAAAAGCCAUGCAUCUUAUGCUUAUAAUGAUUAUUAUCAGAGAAAGCAUAGUAGUGGUGGAACUUGCGACUUUGAUGGUACCGCUACAAUUACUACCAAGGAUCCUAGUUCUUCAUCCUGUAUAUUUGCCGGAAGUUCUAACUCGAGCACUGGUGGAUUGAGUUUACCUCCAACGGCUCUUGGACCUUCAGGCCCCUUUGGUGCGAGUAUGAACCUGCAAGUGUCUAGCCUUAAGUAUUUGAUAUCUGCUGUUGGUGUAUUUUUGGCUCUGGCGGUGUUAUGACCACAAAGGUCGAUGCUCUUUAAAUUUCAAUUCAAUGAUUCGUGUAAUGUGGUCCUAUCGAUUUUGUUUCUAACUUUUCUUGGGUCCAAUUUAUUAUUCAGAUACGUCCCAUCUUGUGCAUUUGGGGUCAUUGUAAUUUAUCACACUCUUAAGAUUGUUAUUUAAUCUAGUGCUUUAACCAGAGGAGACAAGCCGAAUACGGGUCCCUUAAGAAA